AUUUUAAAAAAAAGAAUGUUUAUUUUAUUUUUUAGGUGGUUAGAAUUUUUUGGUUAUUUUACUUGCACCGUCAUAGAAAUCUAAUCUUUUUAUAAACUGGGAUAGGAUAUCAAUAUCACUAUCAUCGCCAUCAUUGCUAUCAUGGCUAUCAUCGCUAUCAUUGCUAUCAUCGCUAUCAUCGCUAUCAUCGCCAUCAUUGCUAUCAUCGCUAUCAUUGCUAUCAUCGCCAUCAUUGCUAUCAUCGCUAUCAUCGCUAUCAUCGCCAUCAUUGCUAUCAUCGCUAUCAUUGCUAUCAUCGCCAUCAUUGCUAUCAUCGCCAUCAUCGCUAUCAUCUCUAUCAUCGCUAUCAUCAUCUUCACUGCUAUCAAAAUAUAAGCUUGCUGAGUUUGGAUCGAUUGAGUCCAAAUCAUAUCCUUCAUAUAUUCCAUAAUAGAGCGCAAUUGCUUUUCCUCUAAGUUCUCUUAUCGCAUGUUUAAAACGGACAUCUUUU